CAUUGUGGAGUUCUGAGGAAGAUGGCCCCAGUGACCCCCUUGGUUUCUUAUUUAACUCAACUACGCAGUUGUCUGCUGUUCAAACAAAGCAAGUUGAUAUAAUAGUUUCUUGCUAGAAGUGCUGUGUGGCUGUCUGUUGAGCUGGUUAACUGAAUUAUGGAGAAAUGGAGGCACAGGGAAAUUAAGUGACUUCGCCUCAGUCCCAAGCUGGGGAGAACCAGGAAGAGAACGUAGAGGGACCCUGACUCCGGGCCCGUGUCCUGCCCACGGAGCCACGCUGCCUCCCUUCCUAGGAGAGAAGACGUCCCGCAAGAUGGAGGUGGACACCGAGGAGAAGCGCCAUCGUACACGGUCCAAAGGGGUUCGAGUUCCCGUGGAACCAGCCAUACAAGAGCUCUUCAGUUGUCCCACACCUGGUUGUGACGGCAGUGGUCACGUCAGUGGCAAAUAUGCAAGACACAGAAGCGUAUAUGGCUGCCCCUUGGCUAAAAAAAGAAAAACACAGGAUAAGCAGCCCCAAGAACCUGCUCCGAAGCGGAAACCGUUUGCCAUGAAAGCCGACAGCUCCUCGGUGGAUGAGUGCUACGAGAGCGAGGGUUCAGAGGACGUGGACGAGAAGGAGGAGGACGAGGAGGAAGAGUUCUCGGAAGACGAGGACGAGCACAGGGAGGAGGAUGAGGAGGACGAGGAGGGGGACCGGGAGGAAGAGGAGGAGCUCGAGGAGGAGGAGGAGGAUGACGACGAGGAUGGGGAGGACGUGGAGGACGAGGAGGAGGAUGAGGAGGAGGAGGACGACGACGACGACGACGAGGAAGACAAUGACCAUCAAAUGAGCUGUCACAAUACUCGAAUAAUGCAAGACGCGGAGAAGGACGACAACAACAACGAGGAGUAUGACAAUUACGAUGAGCUGGUGGCCAAGUCCUUGUUGAACCUCGGCAAGAUAGCCGAGGACGCGGCCUACCGGGCCAGGACGGAGUCGGAGAUGAACAGCAACACCUCCACCAGCCUGGAGGACGGCAGCGACCGGAACGAGACCCUGGGCCGGAAGAGCGAGCUGAGCCUGGACCUGGACAGCGACGUCGUGAGAGAGACGGUGGACUCCCUGAAGCUGCUGGCCCAAGGACACGGGGUGGUGCUCUCGGAGAACCUCAACGACAGAGCGUACGCAGACUCUCUGUCGCAGCAGGACGGCAGGAACAUGAACUACGUGAUGCUGGGGAAGCCCAUGAACAACGGGCUCAUGGACAAGAUGGUGGAGGAGAGCGACGAGGAGGUGUGUCUGAGCAGCCUGGAGUGCCUGAGGAAUCAGUGCUUCGAUCUGGCCCGGAAACUGAGUGAGACGAACCCGCAGGACAGGACCCAGCCGCAGAACAUGAACAUCCGUCAGCACGCCCGGCAAGAGGACGACUUCGCGGGGAGGACGCCGGACAGGAACUACUCCGACAUGAUGAACCUGAUGCGGCUCGAGGAGCAGCUGAGCCCCAGGUCUAGAACUUUCUCCAGCUGUGCAAAGGAGGACGGGUAUCACGAACGAGACGACGACGCCACCUCCGUGAACUCAGACAGGUCUGAGGAGGUGUUUGACAUGACCAAGGGAAACCUGACCCUCCUGGAGAAAGCCAUUGCUCUGGAAACAGAGAGAGCGAAGGCCAUGAGGGACAAGAUGGCGAUGGAGGCCGGAAGGCGGGACAAUGUGCGGUCGUACGAGGAGCAGUCACCAAGACAGCUUCCCGGGGAGGAGAGGAAGCCUAAGUCCAGUGACAGCCAUGUCAAAAAGCCAUACUAUGGUAAAGAUCCCUCGAGAGCAGAAAAGAAAGAGAGCAAGUGUCCCACCCCGGGGUGUGAUGGAACCGGCCACGUAACCGGGCUUUAUCCACAUCACCGCAGUCUGUCCGGAUGCCCGCACAAAGAUAGGGUCCCUCCGGAAAUUCUUGCCAUGCAUGAGAAUGUUCUCAAGUGUCCCACUCCGGGCUGCACAGGGCGAGGGCAUGUAAAUAGCAACAGGAACUCGCACAGAAGCCUCUCUGGAUGCCCUAUUGCUGCAGCAGAGAAAUUGGCAAAGGCGCAGGAGAAACACCAGAGCUGUGAUGUGUCCAAGUCCAACCAGGCCUCAGACCGAGUGCUAAGGCCAAUGUGCUUUGUAAAGCAGCUCGAGAUCCCUCACUACGGCUACAGAAACAACGUCCCCACGACCACGCCUCGCUCCAACCUGGCCAAAGAGCUGGAGAAAUAUUCCAAGACCUCGUUUGAGUACAACACUUACGACAGCCAUACUUAUGGCAAGCGGGCCAUAGCUCCCAAGGUGCAAACCAGGGAUAUAUCCCCCAAAGGAUAUGAUGCAAAGCGGUACUGCAAGAACGCCAGCCCCAGCAGCAGCAGCACCAGCAGCUACGCGCCCAGCAGCAGCAACAUGAGCUGCGGGGGUGGCAGCAGCGCGAGCAGCACGUGCAGCAAGAGCAGCUUCGACUACGCGCACGACGUGGAGGCGGCGCACAUGGCCGCCACGGCCAUCCUCAACCUGUCCACGCGCUGCCGCGAGAUGCCGCAGAACCUGUCCACCAAGCCGCAGGACCUGUGCGCCGCGCGGAACCCUGACAUGGAGGUGGACGAGAACGGGACUCUGGACCUCAGCAUGAACAAGCCACGGCCACGGGAGAGCUGCUGCCCGGUCCUGACGCCCCUGGAGCCCAUGUCCCCCCAGCAGCAGGCAGUCAUGGGCAGCCGGUGCUUCCAGCUGGGAGAGGACGACUGCUGGGAGCUGCCCGUGGACUACACCAAGAUGAAGCCUCGCAGGGCCGACGGGGGUGACACCGCCGAGGUCCCUCCGGAAGACUUGGACCCAUUCCAGGAGGCUCUGGAGGAGAGAAGGUACCCAGGAGAGGUGACCAUCCCCAGCCCCAAGCCCAAGUACCCCCAGUGCAAGGAGAGCAAGAAGGACUUAAUAACUCUGUCGGGCUGCCCCCUCGCCGACAGAAGCAUUCGGAGCAUGCUGGCCACCAGCUCGCAAGAACUCAAGUGCCCCACCCCUGGCUGUGAUGGCUCUGGGCACAUCACCGGGAACUACGCUUCUCACCGGAGUCUUUCAGGUUGCCCGAGAGCAAAGAAGAGCGGCAUCAGGAUAGCACAGAGCAAGGAAGACAAAGAAGACCAGGAGCCCAUCAGAUGUCCCGUUCCCGGGUGUGAUGGCCAGGGCCACAUAACCGGGAAGUACGCCUCCCAUCGAAGCGCGUCAGGGUGCCCCCUGGCCGCCAAGAGGCAGAAGGACGGGUACCUCAAUGGCUCGCAGUUCUCCUGGAAGUCGGUCAAGACGGAGGGCAUGUCGUGUCCCACGCCGGGCUGUGACGGGUCGGGGCACGUCAGCGGCAGCUUCCUCACACACCGGAGCUUGUCGGGGUGCCCACGAGCCACGUCAGCCAUGAAGAAGGCGAAGCUGUCUGGAGAGCAGAUGCUGACCAUCCGACAACGGGCCAGCAAUGGUAUAGAAAAUGACGAGGAAAUCAAACAGCUAGACGAGGAAAUCAAGGAGCUCAACGAGUCCAACUCGCAGAUGGAGGCCGACAUGAUUAAACUGAGGACUCAGAUCACCACGAUGGAGAGCAGCCUGAAGACCAUCGAAGAGGAGAACAAAGUGAUCGAGCAGCAGAACGAGUCCCUUCUCCAUGAGCUGGCCAACCUGAGCCAGUCCUUAAUUCACAGUCUAGCUAAUAUCCAGCUGCCACACAUGGAUCCAAUCAAUGAACAAAAUUUUGAUGCAUACGUGACUACUUUGACGGACAUGUAUACAAAUCAAGACCGUUAUCAGAGCCCAGAAAAUAAAGCCCUCCUGGAAAAUAUAAAGCACGCUGUGAGAGGAAUCCAGGUCUGAGCGGCUGCUGAGGUGGCGGGACCUUGUUGGAAGGGGGCCUCUUCCUCCUUGCUGCUGUGACUCGCCAGAAAGUGUCACAUACCUAUUUCUGUUGGAAACAGUGUUACGCUCACAAGACUUCAUGAUGAUUUUCUGUCUUGCUUUAAAGAUUGUUACCUGCAGAAUAGUUUUUGAAUACAUCCACAUUUUGUACGUUUUCAUAUGAGCUGACAUAGUGUGACAAAUGCCAUGUAAUGUUUAUGGCUGCUAAAGUCUGCACACCGGGGGGUAUAUAUAUUUCUGAAGAGGUAAGCUGAUCAAAAUAAAUAGAGUGUAAAUUCUUUUUAAUGCUUUAGUGAUUAAAUGUUUUAGUAUUUUGGACUGAAAUGGACAAAAAAAAAAAAAAACCCACAGCUUUGAAUGAUCAUGUGGUGGCCUCUCAGCCACUUUUUAGACAUUAUCAUUUUGCCUCAUGUUGGAGGAUUUUAUGGAAUUAAGAAAUACAUUUUGUGUGCAUAUUGUUUCAUAGCAAGAAUCGGUUGCAAAAAAAUGCUUUAUUUUUGAACAAUGCUUGGAAAUAUUAUGUGAUUUUUUUGUUUGUUUGUUUUAGGAGGAUGGUGUAUGGUGGGGGCAGUAAAUGAGGUUUUUUGCAUUCCAAGGAAAUGGCAUAUGGAUUAACUGUAAGAGAUGAGAUAAGUAAUUUAUUGUAAGACAACAUCAAGCCAUGGAAAUUUGGCAGAAGAUUCAAAGCAGCUUAAACAGCACUUUUAAGUUAACUCCUGAGCAUUACAUGGUGUGACUCUGGGAACUUCAGUUCAGACAGGGGCUUGUUAGAGGUGGACCGCGCGAAGAUUUCCUUUUGCAGUGUCCGUAGACUUUGGAGCAGGCUUCCCCUCUCUCCCCGAGAGCGCUGUGCCCCUCGGAACCCUCUGUCACUGGAAUGGCGUGUGUCUCGCAGGACCUGUGUGCUCUCUUUAAGUUCAGAGCUAAUUUAAGAGUAUUUAUUUCCCCUCUCCACUUUCAAAAAUGAUUACUAUCGUUGUCGCUGUGAUUAUUCCUCCACGUUCGGGGGAUAAGGCAAAUGGUGUGCUAGUCCGUGAGCUACUGCACGUGCUUUCUGCUGGGCAGGGGGGCUGGGGGGGCGGGGGGAGAGGGGAGGGGGCUGGCCGCCCGAAAGCAGCGCAGCAGGGCGCCCGCCCCCCGCCCGUCCCCGCAGACUGCUCCGCAAAUGACCUUCCUGUUCCAACUCCCCUUGGAGACCAGGUGACCGCGGGGCAUUUGCAUACCCUUGCUGUUUGAUUUGUCACAACCUAUUCUAAGAAUGAAUGCAAUCAGAUUUUAAGAGUAAUUCUCUAUACUUGAGCACUUUUUUGCUUUACACUAGAUCAUCUUAGACUUGCUUAUACUUGGAGAUUUGAUUGUUUUCUUCCAAUGACUGCACUAUAUGUAUGCAUAAGACCACUUUUGAUUGCCGCGUUCCCCCUCCCUUCUGAGUAGUCCCUAGGACGGCGUGUUGUGUUUUCUGGUGUUGAGUUACAUGUGACAGCAUCUCUUCCUUCCAUGUCUUGAUGUUAUGCAGGAAGGUACAGAAGUACUUUAAAAUUUUGUUAUGAAAAAAAAAAAAAAGAUGGGUUUUGUAAAAAUAAAAAAAAAAUAUUUUUAGCAGAACAGGACUUACAGGGUCAUUGUCCCCACAACGUGCCAGUCGACUAUUUGCACUUACCUUGUCCUAUAUAUCCGUACGGAGGUGUGCAAUUCCUGGGGUCAGCGGCCUCGCGAGGCUGACCCCGGAAGGACGAGGGGAGCCCUCACGGCUGACCCGACGAUGUUGCUACGGGAGAUUACAGGGAUCUCACAGCAAAUAUUCUGAUACAAUACUCAACCUCGGUGUAUAUAUAUGUACAAAUAUAUGUACAUCCCAGCAGCACUUUAUACUGCUCACUGUACAAACGCGCACGGUUUUCCACGAGGACUCGAAUAGCGAGCUGGGACAGAUGAUGUAAUUCCCCGGGGCUCUGCCGCGCCGUCCCUGGAGCGCGCCCUCUUUCUGUUGUGCGACUAAUUGUAGCUGCCAUGCUCAGAAUUGCCUUUCGAGAGCUGAAGCGAGGUGCUUCUCGUCACCCGAUGCCGAUGCCGUGGACCCUGGGGGGACCCCCUCCCCGCAGGGGCCCGCUGUUCACAUGGGCACAUGCAUUCCCCCGCCGCGUCGUGUCUGCAGCUUUUUUGCCAAUAUAGUAAUGCUUUUAGUAGAAUGAUAGGUAGUAUCAGUUUUGGAUUCUUCUUGUUAUCACCUAUGUACAAUGGAAAGGGGUUUUAAGCACAAAUCUGCUGCUCAUCUAACGUUGGUACAUAAUAUCAAAUCAAAAGUUAUCUGUGACUAUUAUAUAGGGAUCACAAAGUGUCACAUAUUAGAAUGCUGACCCUUCAUAUGGAAUUAUUGUGAGUCAUCAGAGUCUAUUUAUUAUAACUUAUUGUUCAUUAUCAUUUCUAAGUUAAUUUAAGUAAUCAUUUAUUAAGACAGAAUUUUGUAUAAAUAUUUAUUGUGCUCUCUGUGGAACUGAAGUUUCAUUUAUUUUUGUACUACACGGCAUGGGUUUGUGGACACUUUAAUUUUGCUAAAAUGUGUGGAAUCACAGGUUGCAGUGACACUUCAUUUUUAAAUUGUGAACUUUGUACAAACUUUGUCAUGCUGGAUGUUAACACAUCUUACUCUAAAUAAAAAAGGUGUUGCCACAUUUGUAGCCUGAUGGAUCUCUACCCGGGGUCUGCGUCUUCACUUGAGUCUGGAAGCGCUGUGUGGGCCUCGACGAGCGUCUCGCCCCGAAGCCAGGGGCUUUAGCCGCCCUGUCGGUCGGGGUGCGCGCCCCCUCCUCGAAGGCGCGGCGGCAGUGAUUUCUCAAACCCACCGCAGGAGUUUGGGGAGGCUCCCUGCCCCUCGCUUGUGUGGAAAGUCACUCUGCCACAUUUGCUCGUGUGAGGACACGUCACGUCCAACGGCAGGUGCCUCCCCAGAACGAGGACGUUCUCCAACACGACCACACGUGGUAGGACGUCCUCCUAACUUGCGGGUGUAUCCAGAUGCUCCAGCUGAACCCGUAAUGUCCUUUACAGCUUUGCCCCUAUCUGAUAUCCUGGAGGACCCCAGGCUGCUCUCGGUGCUCACGCCCCUGGUCCCUCACUCCUGGGCAGCCCCUGGGCCUUCCUUCCUCGGUCUCCAGGGCGGUUGGUUUGCAGACCCUGCCUAGGUUGGCUGAGUGUGAUGGCCACGUCCUGCGGGUUCAGGUGCCCUGAGCGAUGCCGUGUCCCUUCCUGCAGCUCACUUCCAAGGGCCCACGUGGUCACUCACCAGUGAUUGCCCCUGGGUACCUCAUCAUCCAUUGUUUCUUCCAAACUAUCGGCAAGGACCACCCAUAAAGCUUAAAUUACCCUUCAAAUAUGAUGUAUCAAUGAAUUACCCACUUUACCUUCGUCUAUUUGAGUAAAAGUCACCCUUUAAAAUUCCAGAAACAGGGCGCCUGGGUGGCUCAGUCGUUAAGCGUCUGACUUCGGCUCAGGUCAUGGUCCCAGGGUCCUGGGAUCGAGUCCCACUUCGGGCUCCCUGCUCUGCGGGAAGCCUGCUUCUCCCUCUCCCAGUCCCCCUGCUUGUGUUCCCUCUCUCACUGUGUCUCUCUCUGUCAAAUAAAUAAAUAAAAUCUUAAAAAUAAAUAAAUAAAUAAAUAAAUAAAAUUCCAGAAACACCCUCUUAUAAUAGACACAACCCCCAAAAUAUAACGUUUGAGGAAGAGGCCCAGUGAUCUUUGUUAAAUCCAAAGUGUAUCCCCGCAGGGGUCCUCUACCUCCCCGAGACUGAGGGCCACCUGAGCACCCAGCCGGCUGGUGCUGUCUGAGAUCACAGAGGUAACAGCUUGGCCAGCCUCAUCACAGUGACUGAGGAGAGGGAGGGGCGCCCUCCCUCAGCCCGCAAGUGGCGGGCCGCAGGUGCCCGCUCUGUCGAAGGCCCCGCCUUUAGGACCAAAUGGAGUUAAGGCAGAAGGUGGUGGGUCCAGGAGACGCUGUCAGUAACUUAAGUCUGUCAACCUGAUUACUGAAAAGCCGUUUUCGUCUGAGGGGCAACAUGGCUGGAGUUCUUACAAACAUUCUGGAAAGCAGUUUAGCCAUCAUGUCAAAGACCUUAUAAAAUUCAAAUUUGGACCCAGUAAUUCCAGAAGUCUAUCGUAAAAUACCAUAUACUAAAAACAAUUGUAAAUGCACGGAAAUAAAUAAAAAUAACCCAAAAGUUCUAUUUUAGAGGAACGCUUUAACAACUGAUGAUAAAUGUACUUUUUAGGGUGCCGCAGAGUGGUUAAACAUUAGUUAAGAGGCUCGUGAAUAAGAUGUUUGUGAUGCCGUAAGUGAAUAGUACAGAGAGCAGAAGUAUAAACAACUCAGGAACAGCGAGGUUGGAUCGGCUUGCCUCCCCCCCGCCCGGCCCCCGCACUGGGGGCCGGCCACGCGCGUCUGCCACGGUAGCCCUAGGGAGCAGCACCCGUGGGCUGGGGCAGGAAGCCAGCCUCAGCCAGUGAGGGGAGGGGAGGACCUGGGAAGCCGGAGUGAAAGCCAG